AUGCUUGCAGAAGAAGCAAAUUCAACAACAUCAGUCUUACCUCUAGUAGCCAUAAAUAACAAGAAAAAUAGCCUGGAAAAAAUCCCCCUAUCCUCCCCUACAUCAAUGACAACAACACGUACAGCAGUUGAACCACCCAAAAAGAGCAGAAGAAGAAAUUAUAAACGUUUAUUGUUGGGAAUCUCUUUUUUAAUUAUUUUAUUUUUUCUUAUUGCCCUAAUUGUUGCUUUGAUUGUUUUGUUGUAUAAGGAGAAGAGUGCUGUUUGUUUAACACCUGUUUGUGUUCAUACAGCCGCAAUAAUUUUAAAUUCCAUGAAUGCAACUGUUGAUCCCUGUGAUGAUUUUUUUGAAUAUGCUUGUGGUAAUUGGAUUAAACAACAUCCUAUUCCAGGUAAAUUUAUGAACAGAGAGAACGACAAUUGCGAACAUGACGUUUGCGAACACCCACUAAGCUUUCUACAGUCAUACCUCUGUGUAAGGAACACUCAUUAUUAGAUACAAUCCAAUUAGCUACUGGAUGGGAGUGCUAUUUUAACGACAUCCCCGAUUUUAAGAUAAAAUGGGGGUAUAUUUUUAAAAUGGG